AUGGGUCUCAAGCUAAGCAACACGCGGAUCCCGCCGCCAAAUCCCGAUUAUCAAUGGGGCACGUACAGUAGCAAGAAGAACAACGAGACAGGCUGGUCGGAGCCAGAAUUCAUCGCAAGCCCUUAUCUGCAGGUGCAUGGUCUGGCACCGGGACUACACUAUGGCCAGCAAGUCUACGAGGGAAUACAAGCCCGGCGAACGCACGACAACCAGAUACUUAUUUUCCGGGCGGAGGCAAAUGCAAAGCGCAUGCAGCGGUCAGCCGAAGCCGUGUCGAUGCCCAGCGUGCCCGAGGCGCUAUUCCUCAAAGCGGUGCAUCUGGCCGUCGCACGCAACGCCGAGUUUGUGCCACCGGCGGAUUUCGUGGGGAGCUUGUACAUCCGCCCGUUCCAGUUUGGGUCGGGGUGCCAGAUUGGGCUGGAGCCGCCAGAUGAGUUUGUGUUUUGCGUCUUUGUGCAGCCCCAUGUGGCCUUUCACGGGUACGGGACGCUGCGCGCGCUGGUGUCGGAGGACUUUGAUCGCGCUGCUACGCGCGGCACUGGCGCUGUCAAGGUCGGCGGGAACUAUGCCCCUGUCAUCAAGUGGUCGCGGGAGGCGCGUAAACCUGAGAAUGGCGGUUGGGGCGUGCUGUUGCAUGUCGACAGUAAGACGCAGACGUUCAUUGAUGAGUUUAGCACCUCGGGCUUCAUUGGCAUCACGCGUACGGUGGAUGAGAGCACGAAGAGUGAGCGUACGACGGUGGUGGUGGCGGAUAGCCCGGCGGCCAUUGAGAGUAUUACUGCAGUGACGGUUUCGGAACUGGCGUCGUCACUGGGAUGGGAAGUGGUCAAGCGGCAGGUGAGGCUGGAUGAGCUCGCAGACUUCAGCGAAGUACUUGCGGUUGGCACAGCUGCUGGACUGGUGUCGGUCGCCGUGAUCCGGCAUCAAUCUACGGAUCGUGACUUUAACUUUGUUGAAAACGGGCCUUGCUAUGAGGAGUUGUCUAGCACACUAAAGGGCAUCCAGCACGGCAGGGUGGCGGAUACGUUUGGAUGGUGUGUGCCUCUUCGGUUUGAGGAAUUUGUAUCUACAUAG